UCUUCUCUGGCCCUACCCUUCCCGAUUGUGAGGCUGAGAGCUUCCAUGGCUGCUCCAGGGCUGGAGUGAGUGUGUGGCCCUCGUCUCCGCUCAGAUCGGGUUUUUGCAUCCAUCGCUAUGGGGUAGCUGCCGGUAUGGAUGGUUCUGAGGAGGAUUCUGGUUUGGAUCGGUCGUUGAACUCCCGCGGUGGAGCUGAUAAGAUUUCUUGCGUCCGCCAUGGAUCAUUUAGUAGUUUCUUGAAUGGUCGCCGGAGAUCGGCCUGGGAGAUUAGCUUGCGUGAGUGGCUUGAUCGUCCUGGACGCCCUGUUGAUAUGCUGCAGUGUUUGCACGUUUUUCAGCAGGUUGUGGACGUGGUGGGUGUUGCGCACUCUCAGAGUGUUGUUCUUGCCAACGCUCGGCCGUCUUGCUUCGUUGUGUCGAGUUUUAAUCGUGUGGCGUUUGUUGAGUCUGUGUCUUGCUCGAGUUCGGGGUCGGAGUCUUGCGGGCGGCGUCCUGGGUCGGUUCUUGAUGCGCAGGUGGAGGAUGGGAGGAAGGAGGUGGGCGGUGGUGGGUGGCCGCGGAAUGCGGUGUCGGAGAUGAAUGAUUUUCCGAUGAAGAGAAUGUUGGUUAUCGAGCUCGAUUGGUAUACGAGCCCUGAGGAGGUUGAUGGCUGUGCUGGCUCUUUGGCUUCAGAUGUCUAUCGUUUGGGUGUUCUUCUCUUUGAGUUGUUCUGCAUGUUCAACACACUGGAUGAGAAGCUAAGGACCAUGGCCAAUCUGAGACAUCGUGUACUUCCACCACAGUUGCUCUUGAAGUGGCCAAAAGUGGCUUCUUUUUGCCUGUGGCUCUUGCACCCUCAACCGAGUAACCGGCCAAAAAUGAGUGAAGUAUUACAAAGUGAAUUCCUUAAUGAGACAAGGGAUAGCUUGGAACAACGUGAAGCAGCACUCAAGUUAAAAGAGGAGAUUGAAGGUCAGGAACUGCUGCUUGAAUUUCUUCUGGAGCUGCAGCAAAGAAAACAGGAAACUGCUAAUAAGUUGCAUGAUACGAUUUGUUUUCUCUCUGCUGAUAUUGAAGAGGUUGUAAACCGGCAUUCAGCACUGAAGGAGAAAGGAAGUACUUAUAUGGAACUGAACAAGGCUUGCUAUUCUGAGGUGGAAAAGGUGGAUCAUCCUUUGUGCUAUUCAGCAGUAAUUGAGGAUUCAGCUUUCUCGGGCUCUAGGAAGCGCUCCAGACCUGAACUUGAGCAUUAUGAAGUGGAGGACCGCAGUGACAAUCUUGCUGAAGGUUUCAGAUCAGAGAGAGUCCCUGAGGUUCAGCAAGAUAUUUUAUCAAAAAAUUCUCGUUUAAUGAAGAAUUUUAAUAAGUUGGAGGCAGCUUAUUUCUCAUCAAGGUGUAGGCUGUUGAAACCUGGUGGCAAGUUCAUAAACAAAAAAUUGACGAGCUCUGGUGGUACUGGUCAAGGGUCAAUUGCAAGAACUGAGGUGAGCUCAAUUGAUGAUUUGCUUCCGAAGGAAGCAUGUAAUGCAGCAAGAAGAAGUGGAUGGAUUGAUCCGUUCCUUGAAGGUUUGUGCAAAUAUCUGUCCUACAGCAGGUUGAAAGUCCGGGCAGACCUAAAGCAAGGGGAUUUGUUGAACUCAUCCAAUUUAGUCUGUUCUUUAGGAUUUGAUCGUGACAAAGAGUUUUUUGCUACUGCUGGCGUGAAUAGGAAAAUAAAAGUUUUUGAAUGUAAUAUGAUCUUAAAUGAAGAGCGGGACAUCCAUUAUCCUGUCAUUGAAAUGGGAAGCGGCUCAAAAGUUAGCAGCAUAUGCUGGAACAGUUAUAUCAAGAACCAGAUUGCUUCUAGUGAUUUUGAAGGUGUUGUGCAGGUGUGGGAUGUAACAAGAAGCCAAGUUUUUGCAGAAUUCAGGGAGCAUGAAAGGCGUGUAUGGUCUGUGGAUUUUUCAGUGGCAGAUCCCACUAAAUUAGCCAGCGGAAGUGAUGACGGUUCUGUGAAGUUGUGGAAUAUCAAUCAGGGAGGAAGCAUUGGAACUAUUAGAACAAAAGCUAAUAUAUGUUCUGUCCAAUUUCCACCUGAAUCUUCUCGCUCGCUUGCAAUUGGCUCUGCUGAUCAUAAUAUAUACUUCUAUGACCUUCGUAACGUGAGAUUGCCCUGGUGUACAUUAGUUGGGCACUCUAAGACUGUGAGCUAUGUGAAGUUUGUGGACUCAUCAACUCUUGUAUCUGCAUCCACUGACAACUCUUUGAAGCUCUGGGACUUGUCUGGGAAUGUGUCAAGGUUGCAUGACAAUCCUCUUCAGACAUUCACUGGGCACACAAACAUAAAGAACUUUGUCGGUCUAUCUAUAUAUGAUGGAUAUAUAGCUACUGGCUCAGAAACUAACGAGGUCUUUGUGUAUCACAAAGCUUUUCCUAUGCCAGUUUUGUCGUACAAAUUUGAAACAGUUGACCCCAUUACUGGUCGGGAAGUAGAUGACACAUCACAGUUUAUCUCCUGUGUCUGCUGGCGCGGCCAGUCUUCCAUGCUAGUUGCAGCAAAUUCAAGCGGCAAUAUUAAGCUUUUGGAGAUGGUCUAACUCUGUUUACCAAAUGUUAUCAAUGGACAACCAGCUUCGAUUUUCAGUUAUAGCCGGAAAAAACAACCCCUCUCGGAAGUCACUCAUCCAUUACAGGUAAGGUAUUAGCAAAUGUAUCAUAUAAAGGAAUUUAGGGAAAAGAAGAGUUGGAUAGAGUGAUUAAUGUGUGACAAUGAUUAGAUGAACAAAUAGCCAAUGAGUUAAGUUAUUUCUCUUCAAUCUAGUCAUAGCAGUUCAUUCUCUCAUGUGAAGCAUCCAAUUGGUUCAAUUGCAUUGUUGGUUUGCUUAUUCUUUCUA